AGUGCGAUGCGGUGACACCUCCAAAGAAUCAUGGCAGCGGCUGACGAACUGGCCUUCCACGCGUUCGGGGACACCACAAAUCUUCUGGCUGAGACCCCAGGUGCAGCUACCACUAGCCAAAGUGAUGAGCUGACCUCCCGAGAGCACGUGGCUGUGAUUAUGGGUUCAGGCAUUGGCUAUGGAGCUGAAGUAGGGGAGGAAGAGGAUGACAAGACAUCACUUCUACAGGAAGAAAAGCCACAGCCCAGACUCUGGACGUUUGCCUACUAUCAGAGCUUCUUUGAUGUGGACACCUCCCAGGUCUUGAACAGGAUCAUAGGCUCCCUGCUGCCCCAUCCUGGCCACAACUUUGUGCGGCACCAUCUUAGAAAUCGUCCCGACCUAUAUGGCCCCUUUUGGAUCUGUGCUACCCUGGCCUUUGUCCUGGCGGUUACUGGCAAUCUCACGUUGGUGCUUGCACAGAGACGGGACCCCUCCAUUCACUACAGCCCUCAGUUCCACAAGGUGACUAUAGCAGGCAUCGCCAUCUACUGCUAUGCGUGGCUAGUGCCGCUAGCACUGUGGGGCUUCCUCCGGUGGCGCCAGGGCACGAGGGAGCGCAUGGGGCUGUACACCUUCCUGGAGACUGUCUGUGUCUAUGGCUACUCACUCUUUGUCUUCAUCCCUACUGUGGUCCUGUGGCUUAUCCCAGUGCAGUGGCUACAGUGGCUCUUUGGAGUCCUGGCCCUGACCUUGUCAGCUGCUGGGCUGGUGUUCACACUGUGGCCUGUUGUCCGAGAGGAUACACGGCUGGUGGCUGCGGCACUAUUGUCUAUUGUGGUGCUGCUUCACGCCCUCUUGGCUCUAGGCUGUAAGCUGUACUUCUUCCAGCCACUGCCUCUGGACCAUGUGGUACCAGCACCCCAAGCCACACUGCCCAGUGUUCUGCUGCCCAGUUCAGUCCAGCCCAUGACGACCUUGUAGGAAGGCCCCCAGAUGAGAAGACCCUAAGGAGUGAGGACAAUAGCCAAGCCCAGAGGCCACAGGAGGACGGAGUCCAGCAGCGAUAUACUUACAUGGAGCCAAUGAAAGCAACAUCGAACCAGAAGGCCAAGCCAUGGACCAGCCCUGAAUGCAGCAUGUGGAAUUUGAAUGGAAUUUCUAUCCUGCAAGGCAAAGGGCAUGGGGUUGCUGUAGAAGCCCCACCUGACAGGAGAGUUGGAGGGGUAGUUGGAAGGGCAGCAGGUGGCCACAAGUGACCAGGGAGUUGAUGUACACGAUGGCGAGGAGAGUGGGAGGUGGGGAAGGGCGGCAGCGGCCGUGGGUGCUCUGCUCAGUGGAGGAAGCUACCUGUGCAAAUCGCCUUCUUUGGCUUCUAAGAAGUUCACUGUGUACUUGACAGACUUUGCCAUCAGGAUCCGGAUGUCAAAUGUGUCCUGUAAAAUGAUAGAUAUGACCCAGCUUGUGCUGCACGUGCCACAAAAGCCUCAAUGCCCGUCCCUCACCCCCCAGGCCUGGCAAUGGCACUAACUUCUGCUAUCUUGGUAAAGCUAGCUCGGUCUUCUCAGCCACGCUAGGCACAACAGCAGGGACAGCAAUUAGACUACACUUCUCAAAAUGUAAUGACAGACAGGUGGAUCUCUUCAAGUUUGAAGCCAGCCUAGUCUGUACAGAGAGUUCCAAGCCAGCCAGGAUUACAGAGAGAAAAAUAAGAGGCUGGCAGUGCUGGAGAGAUGGCUCAGUAGUUAGAAGCACUAGCUACUCUCUUCCAGAGGACCCAGGUUCAAAUCUCAGCACCCACAUGGCAGCUCACAGCUUCAGGGGAACUGAUGCCUUCUUAUGACCUUGGACUGCAGGCCUAACAGUGGUAGAGGCAAAACACCCAUAAACAAAGGUUCUGGGAGUCAGUGAGAUCAGGUCCUCAAGUUUGUAAAGCCGUAGCACUUUAGCCACUGAGCCAUCUUCUCACUCGGACCUCAUCCUCUUGGUCAUCUGCCUCAGUGUCCUAAGUUUUGGGAUUCCAGGAGUGUGCAGCAAGACAGGGCAGUGCUUCAUUUUUUACUGUUGAGAUUGAACCCUGGGCCUCAUACACGUGAGACAUGAACUCUGCGCUGAGCCUUACCAUCCAUCCUUAGGAUGGUCACCAAAACACAGUGGCAGCACCUAAAUUCCUACCUACUCAGCAAGUGGUGGCACCUAAUCAUGUGGGCCAGGUUAACAAUAUGUGAAGAUCCCAUUUGGAAAACAAAACCAGAAGCCUGGCCUAUGGCUCAGUGCCUUUAAUCCCAGCACCCAGGAAGCAGAGCCAUGUCCAUUUCUGAGUUUGAGACAGCCUUGACUUUAAAGAGUGAGUUCCGGAGAGAUGGCUCAGUGGCUAAGAGCACUAACUGCUCUUCCAAAAGUCCUGAGUUCAAUUCCCAGCAACCACAUGGUGGCUUACAACCAUCUGUAAUGGGAUCUGAUGCCCUCUUCUGAUGUAUCUGAAGACAGCUACAGUGUACUCGUAUAUAUAAAAUAAAUAGAAUAAGUCUUUAAAAAAAAAAAAAAAGAAAAA